AUGGACGAGGUACUACCGGGCCUCUGGGUGGGUGGGGUGAGAGCAGCCAUGGACGCCGACUACCUCUCCCGCGCCGGUGUCACCCACAUCAUCUCGUGCAUGAAGCAGCAAAUUCCCGUACCUCCACCACUUGCGGAUGGUAGGACGAUCACGCGGGCAGAGAUGAAGCACAUUCGGAUCGACGAUGACGAAAAGGCGCCUGUCCUCGUCCAUUUUGCCGGGUGCAAUGAGUUGAUCGCCAGUCAGCUGCAGGAGGAAUGGGUCGUCGAUGACAAAGAAGCGGAAUCAUCGCAGCAGCCAUCAGAGGCCGGCGACGAGGUCGAACAGCUGGUACAAGGUCGACAGAAGCGUAAUGGACGAUGGGGAAGCUGGCAGACCACUGGCGCAGGAACCGUGCUCGUACACUGCCAAGCGGGUUGCUCCCGAUCCGUCGCCAUCACCGCAGCCUAUCUCAUGCACACACGCCGCAUCUCUGCCACCACAGCAGUCGAUAUGAUCCGACGACGACGAGCCGACGCCGGCCCCAAUCGAGGCUUCAUGGCGCAGCUCGAGCUGUACGAGCAGGUGGGCUUCGAGAUCGACAUGAAGUGGCAGUCAGUCCGCCGAUUCCUCAUGAGCAAGACCGACAUUCUCAAUGGCGACAGCAUGGACGACAUGCUUCUCAGCUACUAUCCGAGCCCGUACCCAAGUCCGGGGUUGAGCGCUGGCGGGAUGAAAGGAUUCACCAGCAUCAAGCCGACCAGCAAAACAGCAUCUUCCUGUUCCACAUCAUCGUCCUCGUCGCACUCCGGGCCACGCAUCUCCCAGCUCUCAUCGAUCACCGCUACAUCCUCGCCAUCCGAGCCGGAGCUCGUCCCCUCGCUCUCCAGCAUGUCUACCUCGAAUGGCGGAUCUUCGAAGGCAUCGGAAUCAGGAGCCGCGCCGGCCGAAGUCAAGGUGACUGCCAACUCGUCCGGCCGCCUCCCUGGUGGCGUGCAGCACGUGCGAGGUCACGAAGGCAUUGCGAACCGUGGUCAGCUAUCGAGGCCGAACUUCACAGGGCCCAAGCUGAGGUGUAAAGGGUGCAGGAGGGAGUUGGCUGCGUUGGAUCAUGUCGUGAUUCACGAGCCAGGCAAGGGACAGAUGGCGUUCGACCACAGGAAGAGGGAUGUGGGGCAUCAGGGUCAGAAUGUGGCCACCAACUCGGGCUCAACUGACAGUGUGGCAGCACAGGAUGGCACAGGGGCGGAGAUGGCUGCGGAGGGGCCGAAUGUGCCAGCGCAGCAGGAGCAAGGAUCGACAGAGACUGAUGCAGCUUCCACCUCGUCAGUAUCAUCAUCAGCAGUAGCAGCAGGUCCGACGCCGGUCGCGAACGGCAAACCGAAGAUCCAAUCUGCGGCGUCAUUAGCAUCGCAACUCCCACCACACCUCGCCGCGCUUCGAGGCGCACGUCCGCGCCCGCCAGCACCAGCACCCGCCGCGGCACCGAAUCCAUCUCUCUCAUCCGCCGGCCUCCCUUCUUCACCGUCGACCAACGCCCCCGCUUCCUCACCGUCUACACCGACAAAGUCGAUGUUGAAGCAUCCCUCCUGCUCGUCAUACUUCCUCGAGCCUAUGGCGUGGAUGUCCGACCUGUCAAGCGGCGAAGUCACCGGCCGGCUCAACUGCCCCACUGCGAAAUGCGGCCAGAAGCUCGGCAGCUGGGACUGGGCCGGCAUGCAGUGCGCGUGCGGCGCUUGGGUCACCCCGGCUUUCUCUUUGCACCGCAGCAAGGUUGAUGAGAUUUAG